AUCAUUUGCUAAAGAAGAAGGAUACUGACAACUUCCUUGUUGAGGAAGGCGCAGGACUAGCUAGCUAGCCGUCGUGGUAAAGAAAAGCUAACGAUAACGUCCAUCGCAAGUUUAAAAAAAACAUAGAUCGAGUCUGAUUUUAUGAAUACUAUCGAAUAGUUACAACAUGACUGAUAGUCCAGCAUUGCCAUCAGGUGAAGACCAGAAUUUGGAAAUACAGGGCUCUGUGACUGUCUGCAAUAUAGAAACAGGGGAGAGCCAAGAAGAAAAUGCUUUUAAUGACAAGCAUUUCUACUGUGAAACCUGCCAUAAACUGUAUUUAGAUCAGUGUGAUGUUCAUGGUCCACCACUGUUCACCUAUGACUCUCCCACACCUAUGGGAGUUCCUCAGAGGGCUCUUCUCACUCUUCCCCAAGGCUUAGUCAUAGGUAGAUCAACAACUCCUGGGGCUGGACUAGGUGUUUUUAAUCAAGGACAAAUUGUUCCUCUUGGAAUGCAUUUUGGGCCUUUUGAUGGAGAGGUCAUCAGCACGGAAAAGGCGCUAGAAAGUGCUUAUUCAUGGAUGAUAUGCAGAGUGAGUGACCAGUAUGAUUACAUUGAUGCAGAGAGGGACACGCAUUCAAAUUGGAUGAGGUAUGUAGUUUGUUCACGGAAUGAGAAUGAGCAAAACUUGGUGGCAUUUCAGCAGGGUGGGCGCAUCCUGUUCCGGUGCUGCCGUUCCAUCUAUCCUGGGCAAGAACUGAAAGUGUGGUAUGCAGAGGAGUACGCUCAGAGCCUCAGCACCACAUGGGAUAAAAUCUGGGACAAGAAGUGCACACCUAUAGGAAGAAACAGUGAAGAAGCUUCACAGCUUUGUCUUUGUCCCUACUGUCAGUACUCCUUCCCAGCAGCUUUUUACCUACACAGACAUGUCAGGCGCUCACACCCAGAUGAGUACCCACACCUGUUGGAAGCCCAAGCUCUUGAGCCUAGUGACCAGACACCAGUUAUGAAUUUGGAUCAUUGCCUACUUGCCUCUGAUGCACCACCUCCAUCUCAAAUGCAGCAAAUGACAAAAUCCUUUCAGAGCCAAUUUCCAACUCUCAGUGGCCAGACAGAGCAAUCAAACCCAGCUGAUUCACCACAUGCAAAUAGCAGUAAUUUGACACACAAAACAGAACAGAGUAAUGCAAGUGUUGUAGAGGUGUCAAGGAACAAAUGUGGCGAAUGUGGAAGAAUAUUUUUGCGGUCAUGCCACUUAAAAAGACAUCAACGUACAAUUCACUCAAAAGAGAAGCCUUAUUGCUGUAGCCACUGCAGAAAAUGCUUUAGUCAGGCAACAGGGCUGAAGAGACACCAGCAGACCCACCAAGGUGAAAAAGAGAGAAUAACAAUUACACAGCAAGCGGAGAAAGAGGACGCUGUCUAUCCGUGUACUAAGUGCUCCUUCUCUUUUAUAACCAAACUCAACCUCUACAGACAUCUCAAAAGACAUCACCAUGGAGAAUAUCUAAAACUAGCUGAGAAUGAAUCUUUUAAUGCUGAGUCAGCAUUGCAACAUGAAAACUCAUCAGACAAACACGACCCUCCUUAUGAACCCCCAGCCAAGCUUCGAAGAUCAGCUUUAAACCCUAACAGGGCUGGGAAUCAAAAGAGGAAAGUACCUACGGGUCGUCCUCGAGGCAGACCACCCAAAAUAAAAAAAAAACACAUCCAGAAGCCAGUCAAGGACACAGCUCAAGAGGAGAAUCAGAACAAGUGUUCAGACGCUGAUCAGACUGCUCCUGACGUUGAGAGCACAGCGGUUCCACAGUGGACCAAUGCAGACAGCAAACAGUCACAGGAAAUGUCACAAGAGACCUCGUCACAUGUUUGUGGCGAGUGCCUAAGAACCUUCAGCCACCUCCAUCUUCUGAAAAGCCAUGAAUGCAUUCAGCAGGGUGAUGGCCCUCAUGGCUGCUCUCGCUGCGAACUCUAUUUCAACCGUCUGUGCAACCUGCGGCGACAUGAACGUACCAUCCAUGCCAAAGAGAGGCCUUAUUGCUGCACACUGUGCCUUAAGUCCUUCACCCAGUCAUCGGGCCUGAAGCGCCAUCAGGAAAGUCACUCGCGCCACAGAGCCCAUCGCCAGAGCACAGCACUGGCCAAUGCCACUAUCUACCCCUGCAGCCACUGCCCCUUCUCCUUUACCGGCGAGCGAUACCUGUACAAGCACAUCCGCCGCCACCACCCAGAGAUGACUACAAAGUACCUGAGCUUUAAUGAGGGCGAUAUGCCGUCCAAGGAACAUAGCUGCACUCAAUGCUCCAAAACCUUUCAGACAAUUAGGGGUUUCAAGAACCAUGCCUGUUUCAGACAAGGGGACCAGCUGUAUCUGUGUCCCGACUGUGGUAAGGCCUUCAGCUGGUUCAACAGUUUAAAGCAGCACCAGCGCAUUCACACAGGAGUGAAACCUUAUGCAUGCUCACAGUGUGAUAAGAGUUUUGUGCACUCAGGACAACUGAACGUCCAUAUGCGCACACACACCGGGGAGAAGCCUUUCCUUUGUGCUGAGUGUGGUGAGAGCUUUAGGCAGUCAGGUGACCUGAGACGGCAUGAGCAGAAGCACUCAGGUGUGCGGCCGUGUCAGUGUCCUGACUGUGGAAAAAGUUUUAGUCGGCCACAGAGUCUCAGGGCCCACCAGCAGCUUCACAAGGGCACCAAACUGUUCCCUUGUACACAGUGUGGCAAAAGCUUUGCCCGCCGUUACCACCUUACCCGGCAUCAUCAGAAAAUGCACUCUUGAUUACUUUAGCCAAAACCAUGGCUCUUCUGAGUCCAUUUAUUCAUUGACGAACAUAAUUUCUGUUAUGACCUAAAGUUUUCUAUUGAACAUAGUUCCUUUUAAAUUCAGCAUGUAGCCACAUGGACAUGCUAAUGAAACGCUUAUUACUUUCUGCAUUUGAUUGUUAGACUAAGUGGAAAGGCACAAUGGUCAUGUUGUCUAAUACUUGAGGGAAAAUGCCAUGUCAGCACAAGCUGAAACAGUUAGAGGUGCUUUAAGAAAAUGAUUGAUGUUAGUUAUUUAACAAUGCAUCUGGUAACAAAUGAUUGCAAAUGUGCAAAAGCUACACAAAAAUUUACUUCAACUAAAGAAAAUUUGUUCACUAAGCAUACUGAGCCUAGCGUAUGUUUUAGAUAUUUUAUAUCUAAAAUAAUCUGUGAUUUUCCUGGUGUUCCAGCUCACCAGAUGUUCCAGCUCUAAAAAAGACAUUUAAUAAAGCCUUAAAGAUGAUAAUCUUAGUGAGUUGGAAAUAAAUCAUGUGAUCAUACUUAAUAAAAGUUUUUGUAAAUACUGAACACCUGGAAUUGUUUUGAUGGACAAAUUACACUUUGUGGUAAUUGUGAUAAAUGUAUUCUAAAAUAUCAAUGAAGAUGAAGUCACUUUGGCUACACCUCCUGCAUAAAGUAGUUAUGAACCCAAAUACACCAACACCAACUUUUCUAAUAACUCUCAAACCUCCUGAUCAGUUAGUUUUCAGUUAACAUGUCUUCACAAAACUCUGUUAGUAAAAUCUGUUUGCAAAUGUACCACCAUUCAUCUAAGAAUGGCUGUAGUAGUACAAUAGGUAUAGGUGGUGUAGCAGUUAGCAGUAAGGCAAUCAAAACUACAGACAUUUUGUGAAAAUAUUCAUGAAUUAUGUUUUGAUGAUGAAAGUCAGAGGCAGGUAACUGUAACUUCUGACAUUCAUCUUACUGUCAAUAUUGCAUAUCUUCAAUCAGUCAAACUCUAAAGUUUCUAAAUAUCUUUACUGUCAUGUCAUUUUACGUUUAUGAGAAUUUUUUUCUUCAUGUUUUGGUGUCACUUUACACUUAAGGUUUUUUUUUUUUAGUUAAAUUUACAGUUUUUCCUUUUUUAAUUAAAAAAAUUCUAAACAGAAUUUGUAAGUUAGAAGACAGAUUCAUAUAUGCAUCAUAUGUAUUCAGCAUGUACUUUUGUAGUUUACAAAAACUCAACAUCAAAAAGGAAAAAAAGAUUUUAUUAUACAGUAGGUAGUAAAAGCUUUCUAGUAUCUUGAUUUGUUUUACCCUUAAAAAUAAAUUUAGGCUAUAAAAGCUUUAUUUUUAAAUUUUUUAAACAACUUAUUAGUGCAUGCAGUAUUGUAUCAUGAAAAUUGAUAAUAAAUAUGUUACCUGAAAUUGUUAAAUGUGA